UCCAAAUGAAAGUUGCCCCUUCCUGUCGCUUAUCCCUUCGGUGCAAGAUUUUGUUCUCUUGCUCUUGCUCUGUUGAAAAAAAUAACAAUAAUCAAACAAUAUGUCUGUGUUUAGCGAGGUUGCCCAAGCGACCCCUGUAGCUGUCUUCAAACUAAUGCAGGAUUUCAAUCAAGACCAAUUUCCACACAAAGUCAACCUCGGAGUUGGAGCCUACCGCACAGACGAAGGCAAGCCGUGGGUUUUACCGGUGGUGAAAAAGGUGGAGAAGAUCAUCGCCAACGAUGACAAGCUCAACCACGAGUACCUGCCCAUCUUGGGCUUGCCGGAGUUUAGAGCCUCGGCUUCCAAGAUCGCACUGGGAGAUGGCAGCCCUGCUAUCCUGGAGGACAGGGUUGGGGCUGUUCAGUGCCUUGGAGGCACGGGUGCGCUGAAGAUGGGAGCAGAGUUUCUUAGACGUUUCUACAACGGAAGCAACAACACAAAGACACCUGUCUAUGUUUCUGCACCCACCUGGGAAAAUCACAAUGGGGUCUUCUCCAAUGCCGGCUUUGAGGAUGUUCGUCCGUACAAGUACUGGGAUGCGGAGAAGAGAGGCCUUGAUCUGUCUGGUUUCCUUGGCGACCUGGAGAGCUGCCCGGAGCGCUCCAUCUUUGUCCUGCAUGCUUGUGCCCACAAUCCAACUGGCACAGACCCCACACAUGAGCAGUGGAAGCAGAUUGCUGAAGUGAUGAUGAGAAGAAAGCUGUUUGUCUUCUUUGACUCGGCUUAUCAAGGAUUCGCCUCGGGCAGCUUGGAUGAAGACGCCUGGUCAGUCCGUUUUUUUGUCUCCAUGGGCUUUGAAAUGUUCUGCGCGCAGUCGUUCUCCAAGAACUUUGGCCUUUACAACGAGCGUGUUGGCAACCUGACCGUGGUGGCUCGAGACGCUGACAACCUGAAGAGAGUACUGUCCCAAAUGGAGAAGAUUGUGCGGACGACCUGGUCCAACCCGCCUUCUCAGGGAGCUCGCGUCGUGGCGAUCACCCUCAACUCACCUGAGCUCUUUGCCGAAUGGAAGGACAAUGUGAAGACCAUGGCUGACAGGGUGUUGUUGAUGAGGGCCCAGCUGAAGGCCAAGCUGCAGGCCCUGGGGACACCUGGAACGUGGCACCACAUCACAGAGCAAAUUGGCAUGUUCAGCUUCACGGGCCUCAACCCCAAACAAGUGGAGUAUUUGGUGAAGGAGAAGCACAUCUACCUGAUGGCCAGCGGUCGCAUCAACAUGUGCGGGUUGACCAGUCGGAACAUCAACUACGUGGCCGAGUCCAUCCACGAGGCUGUCACUCAGGUCUAGUAAAUGAUGCUCUUCCUGCCAGCUUUUGGGGAUCUUCCUUCCAGACACUGAGUCUUACUGACCCAUUUUAUUGCCCUACUUAAAUAUUCUGGACAUUUUUCCUUAUAUACUGAAUACACAACUUUUCUUAAUACCUUACUAAAGGUACAAAACCUUCCUUAAUCUUUCCUAAUUAGUUGGGCAUUUAAGGAAAAAUCCAUUUUGUAAUUGCAUUGAAUGAAUUUAAUAAUUACAUAUAAACAUUAUUUAAUGGCUAAAUGAAAAACGUCUGGAGCCAGUUGUUCCUUAAAGGUUUAACUGCAUUUUGUUCUAAAAAAACAACUGAAUUCUACUUGAAACUUGUAAUAGUGGCCACCAACAUUCUGUUUAGCUAUUAAAUCAAGAGAGAAAUAGAGACCCCCUCCCUAAUUUACCGGUAAACUGUCAACCGUAAUUGUGAGUUGUGACGCCCCCUGCUGGCCAGUAGGAAGAAUGUCGUGCAAUAAUUCAUUGCUUCGCUGUGUUUGUUUUUUCAACACAGUACAACGUGAAAAGGUCUCCUGAGAAGGACAUUGUUAAAACUUGAACCGUGGCAUCCAUUAUUUAAAAAAAAAAAGUCU